UCCGCCCAGCGUUCUCUUCCCGUCACGACGCUGCGCGCGGCCGCACUCGCAACUCCCGCCCAUUUUGACCGCUCAGUUUCGUUUUCGUUUUUGAUAAUUCUCGUGGCGCCCGACUGUUUUGUUUAUAGCGAGGAAAUACCCGCCCAUCUAACCGUUUCUGUGAGCAAACUGCGCAUGGCAAGACUCGUCUCUGGUUUGGUUAGAAGAUUUUCCCUCAAGUCAUUUUUAUUUUUUUCAAAACAAAAAAGCAACAGCAGAAUGUCGAGCAUUGAGAAUGGCUCACUGGAGUUUCCGUUUCUAUCGGAUACAUCAAAUGAUAAUUAUUAUUUCCGUACUUUAAUGAUUAUAAGAGGGCUUCCUGGUAGUGGCAAGACCUUACUAGCCCAGGAAAUCAACAAACAUUUUAGGGAAAGCUGCCAGGUGAUUUCUUAUGCCCCCCCUCUGCCUGGGCAUUCAAAUCAAUUUGAGAAACUGGCCAAUGAUAUCAGUCUCUCCUGUAAGAAUGGGAAAGAAGUCAUUGUUGUGGAUCAUACCAACCACCAAUUGGAAUGGCUAGAGCAGCUCUUUGAUAUUGCAAAUGGCCACCAAUAUACCGUCCUUAUUAUUGAGCCCAAGACAACCUGGAGACAUGAAAAGAAACUGCAAUGCCAGGGCCCACCCUCAGUCUCAGAAAUGGAAAAAAUGAAAGAAGCCUUGUCGCAGCCUCUCUUGCCCUUAUACUAUGGCUGGUUCCUGACUCAUGAAAGUGGACAUCACUUAAAGAGCCUUUGUAAUAAGUUUCUGAAAGUCAUGAAAGAACUGAGUGAAGACAAGAAGCAUGUGGAAGAGUUUUCCCUGAAGUCUGGAGAGAAGCCCAUCGACUUUGAGACUUUCCAUCAUGAAGGGCCACUUCAUUGUACCACAAAGUACUGUGACUAUGGGUCUGCUGAAGGGGCUUCUGAAUACUCAGAAAAGAAGGCUGUGAAAGACAAUUAUGGCGCUGCUUUCAAGCUGGCAAUAGAGGCCUUGUUCAUCACCCCCAGGACUCUGGGAGCAAGAGUCAAACUUACAAAGGAUCAGCUACUUUUGUGGCCAGAAGAUGAUGAAGAGCAGUGUAACGCAAGUCUUCCUUUCGGCAGCCGUGCACACAUCACCCUGGGUGUUGCCCCUGGUGUGCAGGAUGUACAGACUGGCAUUGACUUGCUGGAAAUGGUCUCCAUGAUGCAGAAAGGAGACAAAUGUGAGAUGGUUUCAGAGGUCAGCGAGGGAAAGCUGAGUUACUUUCGUCAGGAUAGGUGGAUGUUGGAAUUAAACAAAAAGGAAGAAGUGAAGAGUGUGUUCUCUGGAUAUUAUUCCAAGCGUAAACAAGAAGAAGGGAAAGAAGGAGAGGAAAAGAAAACCGAGAACAAGCCGAGCCGAUGGAAAUGUGGCUUGCUGUGAGUCUUACUGCGUUCUUACCAGAGUGUGCCUUACGCCUUCAGUCACUAAUCAAACCGCUAGAAAGUGCUCUCCAUCCCUUUUGAAAUUGAAAAAGAGGAAUGGAAACGGUACAAAGAUGAAUAUGUGCUUUUUUUGUUGCUUUUGGUAGAACAGUCAAUGCUGAAUCAAUUUAAGGAUGGCUAUUCAUAAAUCACUGCUUUGUUUCUCAUUUUUAUUAUCAAGAAAUGCAAGUGCGGCAAUGGCAAAUAAAAUAAAGGCAGUUGGGUCAA